CAGACUGCCUCAAACUGGAGAGAGGUGAAAAAGAAAGAAGCAAGAAGAGCAAGCGACAGGAAAGAACAACAAAAGGAACAAUUUUGAGGUCAUUCUUGGGUGCUAUGACUGAUUGGUCUCUACUUCCAGAGGAUUUCUUGAGGUUGAUUCUCGACAAACUCUCUUCGCCACUGGACAACGCUCGAUCUGGUGCAGUGUGCAAAUUAUGGCAUUCUAUCUGCAAACAGAAAACUUUUCCUUGGUUACUGCCCCCUGAUCCCGAUCCUGUACAUCAUAAACUCUGCUUAUUCAGUCUUUCUGACCAGGAGGUUUACCACAUUAAACUCCCAGAGCUUGAAAAUAAAGUUAUAUGGGGAGCCUCACAUGGGUGGCUUGUAACCAUGGAUGAAGAUUUUUUUGUUUGUUUGUUGGAUCCCUUCUCAAAAACUCAAAUUCAGCUACCUCAAAAUUUAAAAGUGAACAAACGUUUGCCUUUGCGUAAGGUUGUCAUGUCUUCAGAUCCACGUACAAAUCCAAACGGUUGUAUAAUUAUGGCUUGUACAUACUGCGGUCUCGCCUAUUGUCGACUGGGAGGUAAGGAGUGGACACCUUUUCCAGCCAUGGGUUACCAAAUUAUUGACUUCACCUUUUGCAAGGGGCAAUUCUAUGCUAGAUAUUACCAUGGCUUAUUCAUUUGUCACAUUGAUUCUGAGCCAUACUUCACUCAAUUGCCUCCCAAGAACCUACAAAUGGAUUAUUUGGUGGAUUUAGCGGGGGAUUUGUUAAUGAUUAAUCGUUUUGUACAAUGUGAAACACCAGCUAAGGUCCUUGAGAAUGUACAUGAGAGUGAUGAGGAAGGAGAUGAGACUGAGGAUGAUGCAUCCUCAGACGUCUUCCGUGAGAAUGAACACGAGAGUCAUGAUGAAGAUGCUGAUGAUGAGAUUGAGGAUGGUUUAAAAGGCUUUGGCAAGUGUCCUUUUCAACGUCAGGAUUAUGCUUAUGUUGAUCACUUGACAUGUUGCUUCAGUGUUUUCAAGUUAGACGAAAAGGGGACAUCUUGGACGAAGGUCAACGACAUAGGAGAUCAAGCUCUGCUGUUAGGGUCUAAGAAUUCUGUAGCCUUACCAACUUGUUCCUUUCCUGGCUGUGCACGGAAUGCCAUUUAUUAUGCAGACAAAUAUUGGCUAGCAAAUGACAGGGUUGUGUUUAAUGAGGUUGGUAAUUUUCAUUUGAAGGAUAGAAGGAUUCAUUCACGGCACGUGUUUGAUGUUUAUGAAUAUAAUGCUUAUCAUCAACGCCCACCACCCAUCUGGUUUGUCCAAGGCUCUCUUCAAUUGCCAGAAAGUUAAAGGUGCUGACUUGAUUCACCAACAUUAUAUGUUGCUUAAGAGCUAUUUGUUUCAUUGUUGUUUCUCUUUUCCUUCUUUGCUCAAAUGACAUCAUUUGGUUCAUGAGUUGAUUUUUUUUAUGUAUGUAUCAAAAGUUUUCAGAUCGUGUGGCUUUCUAACUGUUUGGUUCCUUUC